AUGGAAGAUACCAAGAUUAUUUCCAGAAUCCAGAACAAUGUGGUGAAUACAACCCAUGCUAUCUACACCAACGUGGUGCAGGGUCAUCUGGAGAACACCUACGGUGGGACGAUCAGCCGGGAUCGGUUUCUUUUCCUGCGCUUCUCCUGUGCUUUCCCACUAAACAUCAAUCUCUCCAUGGCAUCCGUCAUUUAUCCCAUCCACGAGUGUCCCAAUCCUCAAGAUGGCACCGUCCGGGUGGAGGAGGAUGGAGUAUCUCUGUUGGGACGCUUCUCCUUCAGCGUUUUCACCUUCAUCGCGGAUUCUGAAGAAGUGUACCUGCACUGUCGCAUCCGCCUUUGCAACUUCUGGAUGGCCAAAUGCACCCUGGAGGACAGGCCACUUCGGCGGCCCCGCCGGCAGGAAAACCUGUUCCUCCGUAUACCUGCCCGCGCAGGUUUGGGUGUGGUCUCCCUGGGGUUUUACUUAGCCAGGCCGACAGGAGGGGCGUCCCCGCCCGCCGCUGGCUUUCCGGGUCGUUUGGGCUACCAAGUUGCUUCUCCCAGGUUCUCCCUGCUGGGAAGUCCAUUCCAUACAUUUUGGAGAAGACUCUUCAAACAGCUGCAGAUCUGUCCUGAGAAUAAAGCAGCGGAGCAGCAGAUCUCAUUCUCUACCAAGAUGACAUCCGCCGCCAUGAAUAUCCUCCUUUGUCUGUUGAUUGGUUUCCCUGUUCUGAAGGGAAGUGACACUACAGCAAAUAAACCCGACCCCUUUAAUUAUGAUUGGAAGUCGCUCCGUAUUAGUGGUAUGGUCUGUGCAGGCGUUCUGUGUUUUCUGGGAAUUGCUGUCCUCCUGAGUGGAAAGUGCAAAUGCAGGCUCAAAAAGAGCAGUAGCCAGCGAGUGCUGAAUGGAGCUUCUUCCCAUGAUACCACCGGCCCUGACUGUUCUCGGUGA